GCGGUGCAGUGAGAGAAGUGAAGAAUAAACCCUUUCACUUCGUCGGCGCUACGACGCUGCAACGCGCACCUCAACACGCAUCAUCGUGCGUCUUAAUUCACAUUUCUGUUCUCUUCCAGCGUUCAUGAUUGGAUGUCAAUGACGAGUUGUGUGGCGCGUCCUCUCCGCAUCGCCAUCGCCCUCUCCGGCGGCGUCGACAGCGCCGUGGCGGCCCUCCUUCUUCGCCGCUGCGUACGCACCAACGCCGAUGUGGCGGCGUUGCGCCGUUUCGGAUCUGCACGGGCACAGCCGCCUGCGCUGACGGACCUGCAGGCCGCCGUCGCUGCGGAGAGGUCCCUCUUCAGCAUGUUGCCGGACACCGUGAAGAGUGAGAUGUGUGUGUCCGCACACGAGCACGACCUACACAACAGAGAAGUGGAAUUGUACCCCUUCUUCUUGCGCUGCUGGCACGACGACAGCGCGCCGCAUGGGUGGUGUGCUCAGUCGCAGAGUGACUACGACGAUGCUCAGCGGAUUGCCCACACUCUGGAGCUGCUUCCACGCACCGCUGCACUGUCUGUCCUCGACUACGCAGAGGAGUACGCGGCGCAGUGCUUUCAGCGCAUGCUGCACGCCUACGCGGCGGGGAACACCCUCAACGUGGAUGUGCUGUGCAACUCGCGCAUUAAAUUUGGUGUGGUGGCACAGGCGCUGAAGGUGGUGCCAACGUCGUCAUCGUCGACAAGGGAGAGGGAGACGCGCGAGAGGCCUCAGCAAACGCUGCUCGCCACCGGCCAUUACGCGCGCACGUGGGACGUGUGCAGCUCUCGCGGGUCUGCAGAGCCGCGCGCGGCCCUCCUGCUGCAGCCCUGCUCGGCUCGUCACGACUUGAAUGACCAAACGCACUUUCUCUCCCGCGUUCCGCCGUCGACCCUCGCCGGUGCGCUCUUUCCCAUUGGGCACCUUUUUAAAGCCAAGGCGGAUGUCCGCACGCUGGCGCAGCACGUCUUCUCCGCCGACGACGAUGUGGCCCACAUUGCACGGAAGCGCACCAGCACGGGCAUCUGCUUCGUAGGGGCGCCGCCUUCUCCCUCCCCUUCCGCAUUCACAACGCACUCGACGCCACCGUCCUGCAAGGCGCGCUUCGCGAGCUUUCUCAAUGAGUUCCUGCCACCGCCACCGCCGUCAUUACCGCCGUCGUCUCCGCCUCGUCACACCGCUUUCCGCGAAGCCACAACGAACACAGAGAAGAUGCUCGUAAGUGGCACCAACACGUUUGGGCCUUUGAAGGACGACUACCCGGCGUAUCUGCCCGCCUACGCCGUCACACUCGGUCAGCGGCUGCGUCUCGCCGACGCGCACAGCGACGGCACACAUGGGCACCUCGAGCGCUACUGCUACGUGGCGCGUAAGCGGCUCCUGCCCGCGUCGUCCUCUGGUGAACCGCACGAAGUUCGCUUGCUGGAGGAGGUGCUCGUGGUGGACAGAUGGGAUCACCCACUGCUGUGUACGUCGUGUGUGGGUGCCGUGUCGCUGCGGUGGUGGCUUCCGACGGACGUACUGCGGCGGGCGGCGGGCGGUGCAGACGGCACGCAUUUCGCGCUGCCCUGCCUCUGUGCACUGCGGCACCAGAUGGCACCGCAGCCAGCCGUGAUCCGGUGGGCGCGAGAAAGCGAAGCGGAGGUGGAAGCGAGGAGAGAGAGCGCGGACGGCCUGUGUGUACGCAGCUGCACGGUGCAUUUUGAAGCGCCGGUGCGAGCCCCUGCGACUGGGCAGGCGCUGGUGGUUUACGCUUCGCUAUCGGCGGUGAAGAAGCUGCUGAGGCCGUCAGCAGCAGCGGUGCAGGCGGCUGCGUCCAUGUCCUCUCCGGCCCCUCCGCUGGCGGUGAUCGGGUCUGGGUGGGUUGCACCGGCAACAGCCGAUGAAGCGUAG